AUGGCCGCAAUUAAGAAAAGGAAAUACGACGAAGACUACAUUAAGUAUGGUUUCACCAUCAUGGAAAAAAAUAGGAUCGAUCAUCCUCAAUGCGUAGUAUGCCAAGCAGUUCUCAGCAAUGAUGCCUUGAGACCUAGUCGUCUUGAGCGACACUUGACAAAGAACCACAGUGCUUUGAAAGACAAACCAAAAGAGUUUUUUGCUGCUAAACUUCAAAAUUUAAAAUGCAUGAAGCUGGACACUACUGGAACUUUUCAUCAAGCGUUGGCCAAAGUGGGAAGCAAUGAACUGUCAUUGCUCAUCGCUAAAGCCAAGAAAGAGCAUAUAAUAGGAGAAACUCUUCUGAAGCCUUGCUUGUUGAAAGUAGCUGAUAUUGUGCUUGGUGCUGAAAGCAAGAAAAAAAUAUCGGAAAUUUUGCUUUCCAACAAUUCCGUGAAACAUCGCAUCAGUGACAUGGCGAAAGAUUUAAAACUUCAAGUUGUGGAGCCAGUGAAAGCUUCUCCUUUUUUCGCAAUUCAGUGUGAUGAUACCACUGAUGUAGCACAAUGCUGUCAGUUGCUCAUCUACAUUUGAUUAAUUAACGAUGGAACUGUGAAAGAAGAACUGCUUUUUUUGAAGGAAUUGAUGACCACAUCAAAGGCUUCUGAUGUUAUGAAAAUGGUUUCCGACUUUUUUGAAGAAAAUGGACUUUCAUGGGUAAAACUGGUUGGUGUAUGCACAGACAGUGGUCCAGCGAUGCUUGGCUCUUGCUCUGGAUUUGUGACACUAGUGAAGAAAAAAAGUCCAGCCGUAACCACGACUCACUGCAUCAUACACAGACGAGCGUUGGCUGCUAAAACCCUUCCAGAUGCCCUAUGUGACUCAUUGAAUUUGGCCAUCAAAGUUGUCAAUUUUGUGAAGAACAGCGCUUUAAAUACAAGACUUUUUCCAGCUCUGUGCAUGGAUUUGGGAGCGGAUCAUAAAAUUCUUUUGUUUCACAUGGAAGUACGAUGGCUUUCCAAAGGGAACAUGCUUUCGAGAUUAUUCGAACUGAAAGAUGAAGUGGAAAGUUUCCUCAAGCAACAGAAAAAAGAAUUAUAUCAUGCAUUUAUCGACCAAACGUUUCAACUUUCACUGGCAUACCUCGUGGACAUUUUUGAACCUUUGAACAAUCUCAAUUUGAAGCUGCAAGGAAACAACACUGCAAACAUUAUAGUGCACCACAAUGACAUCAAAGCAUUUACAGAAAAAAAUCAAGCUUUGGAAACAUUGAACGCAAGCUCAGAUGCCUAA